AUGGUGAUAAAUUUUAUAUGAAUUAUCAGUUGAAACCGUGGAUCUUACAUGGCUUGGUUUUGAGUCGUAUGGUGAUAUCGUGAGUUAAGAUGGCUGCCUGAAAAGGAUCAAGCGACAACUUUCUACGAUUUAAAGUUUUCCCAUGCCAAUACAGUUCUAGUACGGGAAGUUAUCUACGAAGGGUUUGUGAAAAUAAAUUGUAAUAAUAGACACAGAUUGGCAAAUGGUUCAUUAAAGCAGGUGCAUUUGUGCUGAAAAACUUAAGCAGACCUGUGGCAGUGUGAGGUUCUGUGUGCGCGCGUGGUUGUGUGUGUGUGUGCGCUGGACAGCAUUAUUGCUAGUUUCGUUCGAUUAAUCGAAAUAUACUACUGGCGCGUGAGGUAUUUUUUUCUCCGUCAUUCACCAAUCGACACCGACGCUGUUGCAUUGAACGUUUCGUCUUCGUUACCUACCGUGUGUUAUCAUUCGUGAAGCAUCAUAAAACAAUCAUCAAACUGGCAAAAGUAAUCUUUGACACGACGGCUCAUGAGUAGCAUUCGGUCCAGUGAGCGAGAUCGUAUAACUGUGAAGAUUCAUAACAUGAAACGUAGCGCAUCGCGCGAAUCUCCACCCAGAUCAAAGCGACGCAGCAGUAUUGGACGUUACGACGACAGCUCAGACGAAAGAGUAACCCCUGAUAGAAUGAGACGACGUGUGGCCCGUUCUCCAAGCCCGCGGGCACGCUAUGCUUCUCCGCAUCGUGACGAGUACAGCUCGUCGCGUAGUCGGGCUGAAAUUGGAGGUGGUGGCGUGGAUAGGUACACGUACAAGGUGCUUUGUGUGAGCGCUAUUCAUCCUAAAGCAUCGGAGGAGUUUAUCAAGGAAACGCUGUACCGGGAAUACAAGAAGUUCGGUGAUUUUAGCAUUCGCAUUUCGCACGAUCUCGACGAGCGUUUGGCGUAUGUGUGCUUCCGUACGCCGGAGGACGCCCGUGAAGCGAAGCAUGCAAAGUCGCGCAUCAUUUUGCACGAUAAAGUAGCGUUGGUCGAGCCGGUGUAUGAGUCUUCGAAGUCGGAGUCAUACCGGCGGCCACGGUCGGCAUCACCUUCCGAGUACGAUCGUCACUACUAUGCGCGAUCGCCUGGUGUUCCCCCGCCGGAUCGGCGCCGUCCUCCCGAGCAUCAUCCUUACGAUGGCUAUGGACCACCACCCGGUGGCCGUAUGCAUCAUCCUGAUUUCAGACCACCUAUGCACCAUGACUACUUGCCGCGUGGGCCACCGAUGCACCAUCACGGCCCACCUCAUAUUCAUCCCGGACCACCACAUCAUCACUAUAUGCCACGUCCGUACAUGCCCAGACCACGGGCACCCUUUGACAAGCCAGAGAACAAGAAGGACAAGUUCCCAAACUAUUUGCAUCACAUCCAACCGGAGGAUGAUCCACUAGCAACGCGCACACUGUUUGCUGGCAAUUUGGAAAUUAACAUUUCGGACGAUGAGUUACGCCGCAUCUUCGGCAAAUACGGGCUUGUGGAAGAUAUUGACAUAAAGCGCCCGGCACCCGGCACUGGCAAUGCGUUUGCAUUCGUUCGCUACCAAACCCUUGAUAUGGCACACCGUGCAAAGGUGGAACUGUCCGGCCAGUACAUUGGUAAAUUCCAGUGUAAGAUUGGAUACGGGAAGGCGACGCCAACUACCCGCAUUUGGGUCGGAGGGCUCGGGGCCUGGACGUCGGUAACGCAGCUUGAACGUGAGUUUGAUCGUUUUGGUGCGAUUAAGAAGAUUGAGUACGCGAAAGGUGACAGCCAGGCGUAUAUUUUGUACGAUUCGAUCGAUGCUGCCACAGCGGCAGUAAAGGAAAUGCGUGGUUUUGCAUUAGGUGGCCCCGAGCGCCGUAUUCGGAUUGAUUUCGCUGACAAUGGAUCGGCACCACCGUUUCCGAAGCGUCCAUUCGAAGAGGGCGGUGGCGAGUAUCGUCGCGUUCCAGAGUACGAGUAUCCGGAUGGUGCCCCGCCAUACGAUGAUGCCCCACCGGGUUACGGUGGUAGUGGCUACGGAGCGCGUUCCUUCCGAGGUCGGGGAAGCGGUGGUGGUAGCGGUGGUUACCGUGGUAGAGGUGGUAGCAGUGGAGGAAGCUUCCGUGGAGGUUUCCACCACGAAGGACACCGACCGGCAGGAGGUGCAGGUGGACCACCGCACCACGGCCCGGGUGGUGGAGAGGAAGAAUGGCGUCGUCCGGCAGGUGGCGGUGAAGCGGGCGAAUAUGAACGUCGACGUUCGGGUUCCCGCGAGCCCGGUGGUAUUGAUCGCUCCCGUUCACGAUCGCCACGCCGGCGCAGUCCGGCAGAUUCCGAUUCCGAUUCAUCAUCACGCCGGAAUGGUGUGCUGACAACUGCCCGGACACUUUCCGAGGUGGCGAGAAAAUCGAGUACCGUGUGGCAGGGUGCUCUCAUAUUGAAGAGUUCCCUCUUCCCAGCCAAGUUCCAUCUCACUGAUGGUGAUGCCGAUAUUGUGGACGGUCUUAUGAAAGACGAGGAUGGAAAGCAUCAUCUGCGCAUUACACAGCGCUUGCGUCUCGAUCAACCGAAGCUGGAAGAUGUGCAAAAACGAAUUUCUACAUCAUCCUCGCAUGCCAUCUUCCUCGGUCUGCCCGGUUCGAGUCCCACCGUAUCAUCCGAUGAUGCCAGUGUGCAAACACGCCCGCUUCGCAAUUUGGUAACAUACCUAAAACAAAAGGAAGCAGCCGGUGUCAUUUCACUUCUGAACAAGGAAACGGAAGCAACGGGCGUAUUGUACACUUUCCCUCCGUGCGAGUUCUCUACCGAACUUCUCAAACGCACUUGUCACACUCUGACGGAGGAAGGACUUAAGGAGGAUCACCUAGUGAUUGUAGUUGUGCGAGGUGGGACAGCCUAGGAGCGGGAGGAGGAUGGUGUUGACGAGGAAGAAACGGAUCAGAAAAAGAAGAAAAUAAAAAAAUCCGCAAGUAAAACCAGUAAGAUGCAUGAAUGAUCCUCUACAACAAACUAACGCAAAGCACAGAAAGCGGUAACUUCAUUCGAUUAGUAAAGGACGAUACUCUGCUCGAGUAUUUAUAGCAGAGUAAGAAGCUUUUAUUCUAUGCCGUCGUAAAGUGCAUUUGUGGGUGAGCACCCAUCGAAGCAGCUUUACCGGUUUUUACUUGAAGUUGAACUACGCGAUAUGGCGCGUACUUAUAUAAUUUGCUUUUGUUUACGUCUAUAGAACACAACACAACAUACGUAGAGAUUUACCUUUGCACCGUGCUAUUGAUACAAAUAACAAAGGACAUAUAAACAUUGUAUUAUAAACUAAAAAAGUAUAUUACCCAACCUUAUCGUAAGUACACUUCUCACCUCUCAUGUUAUCUCACCAUCACGAGGACAGGAAAAUGAUGUGGAAGCAGAUUUUCCGUAUGAGCCCUGCAAUCGAGCCAGCAAUAACAUAAUUUACGACCGUAACAAUUACAACAAGCGAAUGUGUUUACCUUAGAUUGUCAAAAUGUUUUUUUUGUUAUUUACGUUGCAUCAACCGGUGACCAGUGGAUAAAAGUAGUUGUUGAUGCUUAGGGAACAAAAUCACCAUGCGUGCGAGCAAGAAAAAGUGCGCACAAGCUUCUCAGCAUUCGGCGUGCGUGUACGUGUUUACUUAAAACGUUUUAUUUGUUGCCACUGGUGGUGUAACUUCGUGCGUGAAUUUGUGCAUGUGUAUGAGUGUUUAAUUUAAGAAGUGCCGCGGAGAUUCAGGGAAGCAUCUAUGCAACUAUGACUGGUGGCUAGUGUCGCGUUAAUUUUGGUCAUUUUUAAAUUAAAGAGUCCAAAAAUGGUCCGACGGAGACGAAGGAGUGUAUUUAAGUACCUUUCGUUGCAAGUGAUUGUAUUUUGGAUAUUUGUGAGCCUAUGGCAUGCAGAUUUAUAAAUUUUAUUCUAGAUUGAUGAAGGUUAUCAAACCAAUUGACAACACAUAUGGAAAAUUCGAAAACUAUUGCGAUUGAUUUAGAUACUUUAUACAAGGAACAGCUUUGGAAAAUAAAAUCAUUACUAAAAAUUGGUUUGCUUGUAAAAUAUUAAAUGUUAGUUUGAAAUUAUAUACAUUUAUUUUGUACAACAAAUAAUCUUUUUGUACUAUUUGUUACAGUUCUACAAAUUCUCGAUUUCGAAAUACAUUCCGUAUAGCUGGUCCUAGUAUCUGAUCAACUGCAAUUUAAACAUGAUUUAAUUACAAUCUUUCCUCUUAACCUUGUCUUAAUACCGUGAUUUGAUCAAAUUUCUGCUCUAAUCAGGAUAACAGCUUGAGGUUUGAAUUUCAGCCAGUUAGUACGCAGGUUUCAGAUGAUCGUCCGAAUUUUCAUUCUUUUUAAUCUUCCUGAAUUGAAGUGAUUCGCUUGAGGGAAAAUAUAUAUCAUAAUGACUAUUAGGCUGGGGUUCGUGGUCUUAAACUCCAUAAACAAAGUAGUAAUUCGAGGCAAAUUGAUUCGCUUGCUCUCUCUUGGUGAUUAAAGUUACUGAUUCAUCGGUACUCAAAAAUUAAUGGUGAGAUUAGGGCGAUUGAUCUGGUUUAUACGAUACUUGAUCUUCGGUGCCAAUAAGAGGUUCCAGCCAGUCAUCUUGGGUUUUCUGGAAGUGUGUCCAAUUACAAUUCGUAAACAUAUUGACGUUCAUGUUUCAAAAUUUUGUUAGCUUGAUAAAAUCUUCGAUACCUACGUUCUUGCUGGAAGGAUCAGUGGUAUGAUGUGGAAAUCUGAGAGUACUGAAACUUUUGUUACAAGUGUCAACUGAGCCAAAAAUUCAAUCCUCUGAGCACUUAUGCAUUGAAACGAUCACGAUGGUGUCACCAACAUAACUCCUUUAUUCAACUUGCUCUGUCUAAGGUUUAAUGAAUAAUAAAAUUUGUCUGUCGUAUCGAUAAUUCAUGGGCAUUCAUAGACAACAAUGAAUGUGUUGCUAUAUAUUAGUUUAAGGUACCAUAUUUGCGUACGUAAAGCGUGACGAAAAGGAAGAAAAAAUGUUAGAUUAAACGUUGCAAUGCUAAUAAGUUUAUUUAUGGAUAUCAUCUAUGAUUGGCAGAUUUUGGAAAAAGUCACUUGAAUGACUUCAGAAGAAGGGAUAAAGCACGUGAUGCAUAUAUCGAAAAACAUAGUUAAACUACAUGCACAUAACGCGAAUGUUCAUUGCAGUAUAGUCUAAAAUAUAAUCAUUUGAAAAUCAAUAAACUUGACAAAUUAAAUGUGCAACGAGAUGAUGGUGCAGUGACCGAUAAGGUGAAACAUAGAUUUAAACUACGUGCUACUACGGCAGAGAUAUAAAAUUCUAAUGAGUUGUGGUGUUGUGUAAUUGCAUGCCUAAAGAGCGAUACAUAUAGAAAUAAUAAAUAAACAUACAAUUUAAACAACGGUGCGUGCUUAUGCGACGGAUGGCAAAAGGCCAAGAAACGUGACUUCUACAACAGUGUUGUUUGUGAUUGAACUAAGUGAAGUUUAGUCCUACAAAUAGAGUGAAACGUAAUCAUUAGAAAUCAGAAGAAAGGUUUCUCAAUACUCUAUUGCAUUAGAUGAUCUUAUGUCGAUGUUAGUAGAGCAUAGUUAUGCCGUGUAAUUUUUUUAUUUGUUCAGAUGUAAAAAUGUUCUUCAUACACGAGUAGUUAAGAGUGCAAUCGAA